AUGUUGUCUGAGGCUAAACAUUAUGUGGAGGAGAAAAACAAGACCGAAAUGGACCUUAAGGAUUUCGAGACUGCCCUUGAAGCUCUAGACGAAGAACUGAGCAAAGACGCAUUCAUCACUGCCUUCGCUCCCAUCCAACUACUCUGCUCAGGCGAGUUCCUCUGUCUCAAGUACCUCAAAUGUCGUAGCACCGCCUUCGAACUCGACUACCUCCUUGACCCAGAGUGGUCAAAAGAUGAAGACAUCAAGACCCCCCUAUACGCCUCCAUGGCCACCAUAACACGCCAACUAGGCUACGAUGAAGAUUGGCUCAACGAAGACAUGGGUCUCUUCGUGACCAAAAUCUGCCGGACUCGCCUGUUGGAAUGCGCAAAGAAGCAAGGCAUCGUCCUAUUCCGAGGCGAGAACGUUAUCAUCUACGGUGCUCCCAUGGAGUGGGCGCUCGAACGCAAGAUACGACGCAUAUACGCAGCCGGCAAGCUAGACAAGAAGGAACCCGAUGUUGCCGAUGCACUGGCUAUGAUGAAAUGGAUUCGCGAAAGAGACGGCAAGCAGCUGGAGAGGGAGUUCAUUCGCACUCUGAAUUUGAAUACCUUCGAUAUGGUUCCGGAUGGACAGACGAUGGAGUUACUUGCUGAGGCAUACAGAGAGCGAUAUGGAGAGGAGAUAUUCAGGCCUGGCAGCCAUCUUCCAUACGAAUAUUAUAACAAUAACUACCACCAACACAGUCCUAACCACCCGAAUUAUUCCACUCUCCUUUAUGGCCUGCCGGGCAGAUCAUCGAUGGGCUGA